CUCGAUACGACCUCACUGUGGUACGUACUGUCGACGCUUUCCGCCCAGUCAUGGGACAUUGGCAGAAGUGAAUCACGGCAAAAAUGGCAAAGAGUGAAAGCGAGGUAGGGAGCGACCGAGACAAGUCGGAACAGGGUGAAAAGCCGAUGGAUACCUCCCCUCGACUACUCACCAUGCGAAUGGAGGAGGUGAGCCGGUACGAGGAACAGCGCAUCGCCCGAUACCGUCUCAAUGGAUACUCAGGUGGAGAUCUCGGGAAAAUCGUCCUCCUGGUCGGUGCCACUGGAUCAGGGAAGAGCACUUUCGUGCAAGGGCUGGUCAAUCACAUGUCCGGAGUGAAAUGGGAGACGGAGAGGAGAUUCGAGGUGGACAUGGUGAAGGAAUCCGCGGAAGAGGAUGAGGUAACGGAGAGCCAGACGACAUGGGUCACCGGUUACACUCUGACCGACCUCGAUCGGCCCGAUCGGGUCCUCACCGUGGUCGACACCCCCGGGUUCGGCGACACCGGCGGCCUCGGCGUCGACGAGUUCAUCCCCAAACAG